AUGGCAGGGCCGGUGCCCACACUGGGGCUGCUGGCUGUCCUUCUUGUGUGUGCCUCCCCAGGCAGCUGGGGUCUGAAUGAGGAGCAACGGUUGAUCCAGCACCUGUUCAAGGAAAAGGGCUACAGGAAGGAGCUUCGGCCGGUGGCUCACAAGGAGGACAGAGUGGACGUCGCCAUAAGCCUCACCCUCUCCAACCUCAUUUCCCUGAAAGAAGUGGAGGAGACCCUCACCACCAACGUGUGGAUGGAUCAUGCCUGGAUGGACAGCCGGCUACAGUGGGAUGCUAACGACUUUGGGAACAUCACUAUCCUGCGCUUGCCUUCUGACAUGGUGUGGCUGCCGGAGAUUGUGCUGGAGAACAACAAUGACGGCUCCUUCAAGGUUUCUUACGCCUGCAAUGUACUUGUUUCUAAUUCGGGGUCUGUGACCUGGCUGCCUCCCACCAUCUUCCGCUCCUCCUGCCCCAUCUCGGUCACCUACUUCCCCUUUGAUUGGCAGAACUGCUCCCUCAAAUUCAGUUCACUCAAGUAUACAGCCAAGGAGAUCACACUUAGCCUGAUGCAGCAGGAGGAGGACGGCCGCGCCUACCCCAUCGAAUGGAUCAUCAUUGACCCUGAGGGCUUCACAGAGAAUGGGGAAUGGGAGAUAGUCCACCGGGCCGCCAAGGUCAAUGUGGACCCCAACAUCCCGAUGGACAGCACCAGCCACCAAGACAUCACCUUCUACCUCAUCAUCCGCCGCAAGCCUCUCUUCUACAUCAUCAACAUCCUGGUACCCUGCGUGCUCAUCUCCUUCAUGAUCAACCUGGUCUUCUACCUGCCAGGCGACUGUGGAGAGAAGACUUCAGUGGCGAUCUCGGUGCUCCUGGCCCAAUCUGUCUUCCUGUUGCUUAUCUCCAAGAGGCUGCCUGCCACAUCCCUGGCCAUUCCCCUACUAGGCAAGUUUCUGCUCUUCGGCAUGGUGCUGGUCACCAUGGUUGUGGUGAUCUGUGUCAUCGUGCUCAACAUCCACUUCCGAACACCCAGUACCCAUGUGCUGUCCGAGGGAGUCAAGAAGUUCUUCCUGGAGACCCUGCCCAAGCUCCUGCACAUGUCCCACCCAGCAGAGGAAGACUCUGGCCCCAGGACUCUCAUCCGGAGGAGCAGCUCCCUGGGCUACAUCUCCAAGGCCGAAGAGUAUUUCUCCCUCAAGUCCCGCAGUGACCUCAUGUUUGAGAAGCAAUCAGAGCGGCACGGCCUGGCCCGGCGCCUCACCACAGCCCGCAGGCCCCCAGCAAGCUCUGAGCAGGCCCAACAGGAGCUUUUCAAUGAACUGAAGCCAGCUAUGGAUGGGGCAAACUUCAUCGUCAACCAUAUGAGGGACCAAAACAGUUACAAUGAGGAGAAGGACAACUGGAACCAGGUGGCCCGCACAGUGGACCGUCUCUGCCUCUUCGUGGUGACACCCGUAAUGGUGGUGGGCACAGCCUGGAUCUUCCUGCAGGGUGUCUAUAACCAGCCCCCACCCCAGCCUUUCCCUGGGGACCCCUUCUCCUAUAAUGAAAAGGACCGGCGCUUCAUCUAGAGCGGGCAUGAGUGGACAGCCAGGAAGACAGUAGUCUGAGAACAGCCAUUCAUUCCUGGCC